AUGCUGAACGACAUGCACCAUGGUGUCGUCAAGUCGGUGCUGACGAUCCACCGCCUUCAAACAUCCUUCCUCAUCUCGUCACAACAUUUCAAGACUUCCUCUACAACCGCUGCGCCUCGUCACUCGCAGAUCAAAACUGGCCGUGGUCCAGACAGAAGGCAUCCGGGACAGUCUGCAAAAGCUCUUACCCAGCCGGACAUUCGAGAUCGAGGCACUGCACACUUUAGGCGACAAGGACAAGUCUACGGCUCUCUACGACUUUGGACAAAAAAGCCUAUGGACAGCCGAGCGGAAGAGAAACUGACAUCGGGCCAAUGGACGUUGUCGUGCGUUGUCUCAAAGACAGACAUUCCUCUCCGAGAUGACCCCCGUGAUGCUCUGGUAGUCAAGGCCGGCCUUGCCUACACCAGCCUACAGACACUUCCUCCAGGCGCCGUCGUUGGCACGUCAUCAGUGCGCCAUUCAGCGCAGCUUCGCCGCCUUUACCCGCACCUACGAUUUUCCAACCUGCGCGGGAACGUGGAUACUCGCCUAGCCAAGGUUGAAGACCCCGAAAGUGAAUAUACAUGCAUGAUCAUGUCAGCCGCGGGCCUCGAGCGUGUCGGUCUCAAGAGCCGCAUCAGCCAGUACCUCGGCUCCAAGGAUGGCGGGAUUCUGCACGCAGUCGGCCAGGGCGCUCUUGGUCUGGAAAUCCGAAAGGGGGACAGCAAAACGCUCCAAUUUGUCAAUCAGCUGGGGGACCGGAAAUCGACGCUUGCUUCCCUUGCCGAGCGCGCUCUGCUGCGUGCUCUGGAGGGCGGCUGCAGCGUUCCCAUUGGUGUGGAAACGGAGUGGAUUGGACAAUCUGAGCAUCAGGUACUGCGGAUGAAGGCCAUUGUUGUCAGUCUCGAUGGCACUGAGUGUGUUGAGCGCAGUAUAGACGCUAUGUUGCUGACGAAUGAUCAAGCCUCGCAAUUGGGGCGGGACCUUGCCGCGAGGCUCAUAGAUGGCGGCGCAGAAAAGAUUUUGAAGGCAAUUCGUACCAUGGCACUUGUUGGGCUAACUGUAUCUGCUUCAUCCAUCUUUGCCAAGAACACCUUUCUGGCCUCGCAAACAUAUUUCCCAAUGGACGAAGCUACGCUCAAACCAGCGAUGGAGACGGACCCAGAAAAGACCAAAGCAUCCUGGCAGGAAUACGUCUACAUCAAAGAAUUGCCAGACAACAUCGCGCCAUUCAAAGAACUGCUCCAACAAUACAGCAAGGUGCCCCCCGCUGAAGUCGACGCGUUACUUCUCCGUACCCGAGACCGGCUAUGGGACGUGGUGAAAUAUCCCUGUAUUGGCCGCUGGGCCUUCGCCAAUCUGCGCAGCAUGACAGACCCUCGCUUCGAAGCCGCCAGGCAGCGACUGCUCGCCGAGGACCCCGACUCCCGCAAGACUGCAGUCCUCGAUGUCGGCUGCUGCAUCGGCCAGGCCCUCCGCCAGCUCGCCUACAAAGGCGUGCAUCCGUCGCGCCUGUACGGAACAGACUUGCACCCCGAGUUUAUACACAUUGGAAACGAGCUGUUUGGGGACGAGCAACGAGGCCUCGCCUUUGUUGCGGGAGACGUGUUGACCGGCGACGCCAGCCUCGAGGAACUAGACGGCAAAGUAACAAUGAUACAUGCCGCGAACUUCUUCCAUCUCUUCGCAUGGGACGAGCAGGUAAGGGUUGGUGCUCGUAUGGUGCGAUUUCUGCAGCCCGGCACUACCGACGCAGUCAUUUUCGGGAGGCACAUCGGCACGCUCAGGCCGAGAGAGAUUGGGGCCCUGAGCAAAUGCCACCUCCAUAACCAGGAGAGUUUCCAGAGGCUGUGGGAUGAAGUCGGGCGGAGGACAGGCACCAGGUGGCGCGUGGAAGCCGAGGUGGUGGACCGGCUUGAAGUGAGCCUUCCGUUCUUUGGCGACGACGAGAGGUACAUGUUCUUUGGUGUUUACCAGAUGUAA